CUUUGACGCAUCAGUAAUGGCGAACCAGUAACAGAAGAAAGUGCGGUUCUUUGUAGCGGGUGUUAAUUCAAAUAUCGUCAACAUGUUGCCUACUCGUUUUAAAAAUCUCUAGUAUAAUUUAUAAAAAAAAAAAAAAAACUGUUGUCCCUAUGAGCUUUUAUGGUAUGUUUCUGAUUUUAUUCGUCUUCUAAACAGCUAUCUAGUUACCAAAUUUGCCCUGUGUCUCUGAGUUUCCAUAGUGGAGGAAAAUGACGUCCAUUAUCAAGCUGACGGCUCUGUCGGGGGUGCAGGAGGAGUCGGCACUGUGCUACUUGCUGCAGGUCGACGAGUUUCGCUUCCUGCUCGACUGCGGUUGGGACGAGAGCUUCUCCAUGGACAUCAUUGAUGCCAUUAAAAGGCAUGUUCACCAGGUGGACGCUGUGCUGCUCUCUCAUCCAGACCCCCUGCAUCUUGGUGCUCUGCCCUAUGCUGUUGGAAAGCUGGGGCUCAAUUGCACCAUUUAUGCCACCAUCCCGGUGUACAAGAUGGGACAGAUGUUCAUGUAUGACCUAUAUCAGUCACGCCACAAUACUGAGGACUUCACCUUGUUCACCCUGGAUGACGUGGAUUCAGCAUUUGACAAAAUCCAACAAUUAAAAUAUUCACAGAUCGUCAAUUUGAAAGGGAAGGGACAUGGCCUGUCCAUCACUCCCCUGCCAGCGGGUCACAUGAUCGGCGGCACCAUCUGGAAGAUUGUGAAAGAUGGUGAGGAGGAGAUCGUGUACGCAGUGGACUUCAACCAUAAGAGGGAGAUUCACCUUAACGGCUGCUCCCUGGAGAUGGUGAGCCGGCCCUCGCUGCUCAUCACGGACUCUUUCAACGCCUCGUACGUGCAGCCACGCCGGAAGCAGCGUGACGAGCAGCUUCUCACCAAUGUGAUGGAGACGCUGCGCGGCGAUGGGAACGUGCUGAUCGCCGUGGAUACCGCGGGCCGGGUGCUGGAGCUGGCACAGCUUCUCGAUCAAAUAUGGAGGACGAAGGACGCUGGCUUGGGGGCCUACUCCCUCGCGCUGCUCAACAACGUCAGCUACAACGUGGUGGAGUUCUCCAAGUCGCAGGUCGAGUGGAUGAGCGACAAGCUGAUGAGGUGCUUCGAGGACAAGAGGAACAACCCCUUCCAGUUCCGUCACCUGUCCCUGUGCCACAGCCUGGCUGACUUGGCCCGCGUGUCCAGCCCCAAGGUGGUGCUGUGCAGCCAGCCGGACCUGGAGUCUGGAUUCUCCCGUGAGCUCUUCAUACAGUGGUGUCGUGAUGGCAAGAAUUCGGUCAUCCUAACAUACCGGACCACGCCUGGCACCCUGGCUCGAUACCUGAUCGACAAUCCGGGCGAAAGGAUCCUUGACCUCGAGAUCAGGAGACGGGUAAAGCUGGAAGGGCGGGAAUUGGAAGAAUACCUGGAGAAAGAAAGGCUGAAGAAAGAGGCAGCAAAGAAGUUGGAGCAAGCAAAAGAGGUAGAUGUUGACUCCAGUGACGAGAGCGACAUGGAGGACGAUCUGGAGCAGCCAGCCGUGGUGAAGACCAAACACCACGACCUGAUGAUGAAGGGGGAGGGCAGUCGCAAGGGCAGCUUCUUCAAACAGGCCAAGAAGUCUUACCCCAUGUUCCCGGUGCACGAGGAACGGAUCAAGUGGGACGAGUACGGAGAGAUCAUUAGACCAGAAGAUUUCCUGGUGCCCGAACUCCAAGCCACCGAGGAGGAGAAGAACAAGCUGGAGUCGGGAAUGGCGAACGGAGACGAGCCCAUGGACCAGGACCUCUCUGACGUGCCCACCAAGUGCACAUCUACCACAGAGACGAUAGAGAUCAAAGCCAGGGUCACCUAUAUCGACUAUGAGGGCCGGUCAGACGGAGACUCCAUAAAGAAGAUCAUCAACCAGAUGAAGCCGCGGCAGCUGGUUAUCGUGCAUGGGCCACCCGAGGCCAGCCUGGACCUGGCCGAGUCCUGCAAGGUCUUCAGCGGCAAGGACAUCAAGGCGUACACCCCCAAGCUGCAGGAGACCGUGGACGCCACCAGCGAGACUCACAUCUACCAGGUGAGGCUGAAGGAUUCGCUGGUGAGCUCGCUGCAGUUCUGCAAGGCCAAGGAUAUGGAGCUGGCCUGGAUCGACGGCGUCCUGGACAUGCGCGUCAUCAAGGUGGACACGGGCGUGGUGGUGGAGGAAGGCGAGCUGAAGGACGAGGCCGAGGAGGGCGAGCUGCCCAUGGAGGUGAGCGCGGAGUUGGGCAGCGACCACAACGCCGUGGCCCAGCAGCGCGCCAUGAAGACCCUGUUCGGCGAGGAUGAGAGGGAGGCCUCUGAGGAGAGCGACGUCAUUCCUACCCUGGAGCCACUGCCGUCCAAUGAGAUCCCAGGACACCAGUCGGUGUUCAUCAACGAGCCACGCCUGUCGGACUUCAAGCAGGUCCUUCUGCGAGAGGGGAUCCAGGCGGAAUUCGUCGGGGGGGUACUGGUCUGUAACAACAUGGUUGCGGUUCGCAGGACUGAAGCCGGCCGGAUCGGCUUGGAAGGCUGCCUCUGUGACGACUACUUCAAGAUCCGGGACUUACUCUACCAGCAGUAUGCCGUGGUGUAGGACCACGCCUCCAACCUCUUCUGCCCUUGUUUCAUGGGAGCCAAUCGGACAACGUCCAAGCUUUCGCUGUGGUCUCUAGUGCGUCUGUAAAAGGCUUCAGAAUUCGGUUUCUUUUGUACCCACUUUUAUCGUUCAUUUUCCUAGCCAUGGCCCCCCGAGGAUUUCCUGCUGUGAACGCUGGGGACGACCCCGGUGGGUUUGCCCUCAAACUCAACCUUGAACUCGACACCUUCUCGUGGAUUGUCGUUAUUCCGUGCAGGGUGGAUAUGUCCUCUUGUUUUCUUUUAUAUAAAAUACAAGUUAGAAAGAUUC